GCCGCUCCCACACCGGAUUAAAGGACAUAAGGAUGAAAUAGAUAAGAAAAACUAUCCACUGGCUGCUUGCUCCAGCCAAAAAAAACCACAGCAAUGAACACCACCAUCUUCCCUCUCAUAAAACCUUUCACCACAACCCCUACUCAGCUCCCCCGGACUUCCCGACACCGCCCUCUCCUACCACUCCACCUCAGCCCCAUCAAAAGUAGUAGCGACAACGGAAACAAUACCGCAACUGACGACGUUGGAAACCCAUCACCGCCAGUCCCACCACCGGUAAAUGCAGCGGCAAUCCGUUUCAGAAGAGGGUCGAGGAAAAGAAAACAACUUCAGGAAGAUGGUGCUGCAAAUGGACUGCCCAAGCAGGCACAGGCUUCAACUCCUAAAGACUGGGAAUCCAUGACCCUCUCGGAAAAGGCCAUGGAGCUGUACGUGGGAGAAAAGGGUCUGUUGUUCUGGCUCAACAAGUUGGCUUAUGCCUCGAUCUUCAUUGUGAUCGGCGGUUGGAUACUGUUCCGGUUUGUCGGUCCCUCACUCAACCUGUACCAGCUGGAUUCUGCUCCCCUCUCUCCUACCACCAUAUUUAAGGGUUCAUGACUAAACCUCCACAUAAUUUAUGGAGGCAAAGGGGUGUUUCUGCACAGAACAAGGAGGUUGAUGGAGCUGCGAGAGAGAGAGAG